CCAAUUUAUUGCAAAUUCCGAUUUCCAGAGUGAACUACAAAAUUAAUUUGUUUAUUUCAUUUUGAAACAUAUGAUUGUUAUGUAUGUUUUUUAUGAAAGACUGAUGAGUGUGGUUUUAGCGCAACUAGAAAGUGCUUAAUGUAGCCAAUAUAUUAAUUAAAAAAGGUUUGAAAUAAGCGAAGAUGUCCAGCAGCAAGGAUGAUGGCUUACUUGCGAAGGUCGAUUUUCCUCUUUAUACAUUACAAAUGCUUACAAAUCGACAUGUUCUGGUAGCAGGAGGUGGAGGAGCGUCGAACACGGGCGUCGCAAACGGAUUCGAAAUAUUUGAACUAUCACAUAAUGGCUUUAAGUAUGUAGCGGAAGAAGUGAUGAGGUACGAGACUGGCCCCAAUGUUGUGAUGACCUGCGCCAUUAGGAAUGUACAGAAUAAAAUAUACCUGACAGCGGGCCAGGAGAGCCACUGCCAGUUGUACAAGGUGAAUGUAAAAAUGGUGGAUCCGGCUGAGAUGAGACGAGGGAGUUUUCGGGCCGAAAAUGGGCUGAUAAGGCGACGGCGUCGGACCGUGUCGGAAAAUGAUAACAUAUCCAAAAUGGACAACUGCAGUGCCACAGAAAAAAGAAUGUCAUUUGAAAUUCGGCCUAAUGAUAGUGUCCAAACAGACUUCGGAAAAGAGGCACUACAGAGGGUGGUGACAAUAAGCCACAAUGGUAAACUGAUGGCUACUGGUGGUAUAGAUGGAAUUGUAAGAGUGUGGUCCUUCCCAAAAAUGCAGUUACUGUUUGAAUUGAGUGGACACACCAAAGAGUUAGAUGACCUAGACUUUAGUCCGUGCGACACGCGACUUGUGAGUAUAGCGAAGGAUGGCUUGGCUCACAUCUGGGCCACUAACACUAAGGCUGAUCCCGUGCUCAAGUUAACAUGCUGUCCACCUAAUGGCACCAAGUAUCUUUUUAGAAGAUGCAGGUUUGGUGCAAUCGAGGAUAGACCGGGCGAAUACCGGAUGUUCACAAUCGCGAAUCCCCUCUCGCGAAGCGGCAAGCAGCGGGGGCUGGUGCAGCUGUGGGGGGUGUCGGGGGGCGGGGAGCUGCGGCGGACGGUGGUGGUGGAGGAGUCGCUGUCGGCGCUGGCGGUGCGCGACGACGGCCGCUACGUCGGCGUCGGCACCAUGCUCACCGGCUCCAUACACAUCUACGUCGCGUUUAGUUUGCAGCGCGUGGCGUACGUGUCGAGCGCGCACCGCAUGUUCGUGACGGGCCUGUCGUGGGUGUCGAGCGCGGGGCCGCGCGCGCGCUCCGAUGCCGCGCUGCUGUCCAUCUCCGUCGACAACUGCCUCGCCGUCACCACCGUGCCGCGACAGCGCACCGUACCGGCGUGGAUCGCCAUCAUCGUGAUCGUGUUCCUGCUGUUCUGCACCUUCUGUCUGUGCGCGUACCUCGACAUAUAACACCGUAGUCGCCACCUAGAUAUAAUAAUAGUAGUACUAUUUAUCGCGUGUGUUCCUAAUAUCUGCUAGUGUUGCACUACUGUAUGAUUUGAUGCCAUCGGUGGCUAAUAUUUAUGUCAUAAAUUUCCAAAGUGCUAGUGUACUGGUUAGAUGUAACCACAGACUGACAGAAAAUAGUCACAUGCGAGUACACUAGUGCAGCAUGGCAAUAUGGCGACCAGUCUUCGCAAGCAAGAACGCAGUAGAAUGAGUGACAGAUUUUCUAUCACUCUAAUAUUUUGUGUGUUCUACCAUAUAAAGAAACUAUCUAUGAAGGUCUUGCUAAGCGUUGCAGUAGUGACGUCAAAUUGUACUGGCUAGUAAUACUGGUAUAGUUUAGGAACGCCGCUUAAUGUCAGUCAGUAAAAUUAAUUACUUCUCUUUGUCAGCACAUCUAAUUGUUUCUGCUGACAUUUUACUGACUGACAAAACGAUUAACGAAGUAUACUGUACGGGCGUAGGUAUAAAUACAGUGAUGCACUGCGUGUAUAGAGAUAUAUAUAAUAAACGAAUUUCAUGUUA